AUGAAGCACUUGGCCGCUUACCUCCUCCUCACCCUCGGUGGCAACACCGCCCCCUCUGCCGCUGAUGUCAAGGCCGUCCUUGAGUCCGUUGGCAUUGAGGCCGACUCCGAGCGCCUUGACAAGCUCAUCUCUGAGCUCGAGGGCAAGGACCUCGACGAGUUGAUCGCUGAGGGUUCCGCUAAGCUCGCUUCCGUCCCCUCCGGCGGUGCUGCUGCCCCCGCUGCCGGUGGUGCCGCUGCCGCCGCUGGUGGCGCUGCUGAGGAGAAGAAGGAGGAGAAGAAGGAGGAGUCCGACGAGGAUAUGGGCUUCGGUCUCUUCGACUAA